AUGCUGUUAGCAAGACUGAAGUCUAAGCAAGCUAAUAUGAGCCUUGUAGUGUGUUACGCGCCUACAAAUACCUCACCAGAUGAAUCGAAAGAUGCUUUCUUUGAGCAACUACAGGAUGUUUUGAGUAGUAUUCCGGACAGAGAUAUAAAGAUAGUUCUCGGCGACUUUAAUGCGAAGGUGGGAAGCAACAAUCAUGGGAACUAUCGCAAUCACAUUGACCAUGUUAUGAUUGGGAAGCAGAGGUGCAACUCGCUACGAGAUGUGCGGACGUAUACCUGUAGAGGUGCGGAUGUCGGAAGUGACCACCAAAUGGUUGUGGCAACAGUACAGUUGAAAUUAGAAACGAGAGAGAGAAGCGAGGAACUGACUAGCUAUGAUACCAAGAAACUGCUAGACCCCCAGAUUAAAGAAGAGUUUCAACUUGAAUGCCGCAACCGCUUCAUUGUAUUGGAGACAUUGAAUGAAGAGGAACCAGGGGUGUCCGAAGUCGAAAACAUGGAAUGUGGAUACCCGAUGAACAGACAUUAA